AUGGCCGUCACUCUCGACAUGGCCGAUGACUUCAACCCCUCCCCGGCACCCACCAAACCCAUCGUCACUCAAAACCAAACGCGCAGCCUCCUCCUCGCGCCCCCCUCGAUCGCCGCCCACGAAGAAAAGCUCCGAGACCUGUUCACCACCUUCGAUCGCACCACGACCGAUCUGCAGAUGCUGGACCGCCUGUCCGCCGGUUUCGUUCCUCUCCCCGCCGAUACCUACGACCUGGUCCUGGUCCUCACGGACGCCAACGGCGCCCGGCGCGACGAGGCGCUUCGGCUACUCACCCGUGAUGUAUACACCGCUCUGGUGCCGGCGAUGAAGGCGGGGGGUAAAUUGCAGCUGCAGGCUGGUUCGCUCGGCGCAAACGAGGGACUCGAGGCGAUUCUGGCGGGGUUGGUGGAGAAGGACGGCGGGUUCGAGAAACAGGUGUUCCAGUCGGUCGCGGUGCCCUUGAAAUUGGGCGGAGGAAAGAAGAAGGCCAAGAAGGAGACUGCCCCCGCUACGAAUGGGGUCUCGAACGGAAUCUCGAACGGGAUUAACGGCGUGCACAGCAAUGGCGUGGGUUUCACGAACGGCACAAAUGGGGUUGGGUUCGUUGAUGGUGACGAGUUGAUUGAUGAGGAUGAUCUGUUGUCGGAGGAUGAUAUGAAGCGACCGCUGCAGACUGCGUCGAACUGUCAGCCCGAAAAGGCCAAGAAGCGCCGACGUCCCUGCAAAGAUUGCACGUGUGGUCUCGCCGAGAAGCUGGACAAGGAGGACCAAGACCGUCAGGAGCAGGCGACCAAGGAUUUGAAUGUGCUCAAGCUACAGGCGGACGACCUGAAUGACGAGAUGGACUUUACGGUGCAGGGCAAGACGAGCUCGUGCAACAGCUGCUCGCUCGGCGACGCCUUCCGCUGCUCGACCUGUCCGUACAUCGGACUGCCCCCGUUCAAGCCGGGCGAGGAGGUCAAGAUUAUGAACGACACGAUCCAGUUGUGA